AUGAUGGGAUCUUUUCUUGCAAGAGCCCUUGUGCUGGUUUUUGGUUAUGCAUAUCCGGCAUAUGAGUGCUUCAAAUCUUUGGAGAAGAAUAAACCAGAGAUUGAGCAACUUCUCUUUUGGUGCCGCUACUGGAUUAUUGUUGCUCUGCUUACAGUCUGUGAGAGAGUUGGAGAUGCCUUUGUUUCAUGGGUACCAAUGUACAGCGAAGCAAAGUUGGCAUUCUUUAUAUAUCUCUGGUAUCCUAAAACAAAGGGAACAACAUAUGUCUAUAACUCCUUCAGGCCCUAUGUGGCAAAACAUGAACCGGAAAUUGAUCGUAUCCUCUUGGAGUUGAGGGUGAAGGCUGCGGAUAUUGCAGUUGUUUAUUGGCAAAAGGCUCUGAUUUAUGGGCAGACAAAGUUUUUCGAGACUUUGCAGUAUGUUUCUUCUCAGUCAGCAGCACAGCCUCAAUCUAACCAAGAACUCAAGGAUAAGGAAAAAUAG